ACAGCUUCCCUAUAUCACACAUACACACACACAGCGCAGCAGCACAGAGCAGUCUCUGGUUGUCAAAUGUUAGCAUCAUUAUGUCAGAUCAAAGAGAGUCCACCAGCACAGGAGGCAAUCAUCUGCAAACACCUGAACAGGAACAUGUCCUGUCAAGACAAAGACAGCUGUCGCCCGGCCAUGUACGCAAACUGGGGUUGACGAGGAAAUCCCGAGACAGGAGGGAUUUCAACGAAGACUUAAACCCAGAGGAGAAAGCACGGAGACACAAGGAGCAGGAGCUGAAGCCUCUGUAUAAGGAGCUGUUGUACACCAUCACUCAUAAGAUGGGUAAACCGUCAUCAGAGGAGGUCUUCACAGAUAGCCAGCUUCAUCAGUACAUAAAGGAGGCUUUCACAAUGACAGAGGCAGAGCACAACACCCUGACAGAGAAAGUACAGAGCACAGAGCCCCCAGUUUACUGCCUCAUGGCCACUGUAAAGGAAGCAAAGGGAAUCCUGGGAAAAGACGUCACUGGUUUCAGUGACCCGUACUGCCUGCUGACCAUAAUGGAGGAUGAGGCGGAGAGCCGAACUCGCCGGUCCAAAGCCAAGCCCAGUAAAUCUAUUGUAAAGGACGCUGUAUCGGAUGACAAAAUCUACCAGUCAGAUAUAAAGAAGCAGACCCUGAACCCCAUCUGGAACCAAACCUUCAUACUAGCAUUUGGAGACGUAGCCGGUGCCAGCUUCCACCUGGAGAUGUGGGAUAAAGACGAAGAGGUUUCACUCACUCAGAAACUAGAGGAGAUCAAAACCAACUUUAAUAGCUUAAGAAGGAUGAUCAAGGAGGCCAAAAAGGAGAAAGGCACAGAUGACUUUUUGGGAAAAGUGGUACUGAAACUACAGGAUCUCCACUGUACUGAAGACAACUGGUACAAUCUGGAGCCUAGAACAGAGACAUAUCCUGAUCGCGGCCAGUGCCACCUGAAUCUCAAGUUCAUCCAUAAACAGAGAGACGGGACGCUGAGCGCCGGUCGCAGUGCUUACAUCAACUACUGUGGAAUUCUGCAGCAGUUUGUUCAGGCUUACAUCUCCAAGCAACAGAGUUCUGCUCCAUGGAAAGGGGAACUGUGCGGUGAAGCUCAGACUCUGCUGGAGCUCUAUGCUACUCAGAAUGACCUCUCACCUUUCCUUCAGGACCUGGCGAAGUGGGUGGCCUACAGCAAGCUGUACCAGAGUUUAGAGGUGGACUCGUCUGUGCUGCUCCAGCAGCUAACCAGUAUAGAGUACCACUGGCAUCAGCAGGAGCUGCCAUACCAACAGAAACAGGAACUUGGGGACUCUCUUCAUGGCUUCCUGCAGUACGGCCUGUGCCUCGUGGCCAAAUACAGAGACAUCUUCCCCCCAACUCCCAGUGCCACUCCGAAACUCCACACACUGCUCAGGAUCUUGGUCCAGAUCUGUAAGACUCAGGCGUUCCAGAAACUGAACCCAGCUCAGUUUGAGUUACAUGAUGAGGUCAGCGAUGCCAUACAGACAGGUACACAGGAGUGGUUUACUAUCAAGAAGGGUUUGCAUCAGCCAAUGACUAAGGAACUGUCAGAGAUCGUCAACGCCCUCUCCAGGUUGAUUGGGGAAGUGCAGGAAGACAUAAAACACAACAAGGAUGCCUGGAAUAGGGUGUUUGUCAGUGCCGUGCAAGUGGAUGUGUUCACUGUCGUCUACAAGAGGUUUGACUCCCUGCUUGCAAAGGAAGUGAGGGAAACUUUAUCUGUAAUUGAGGGUCAGAUGGAGCAGGGUUUAGCCAACAACCUGUUCCCCGUUUACCUGAGCCUGCAGGCCAUCCACAAAGACAAGGCUUUCUUACAGAAAAGGGGAUUACUCGAGUUGACAAACUUUCAGGAGGGCUUCAGAGAGGCUCUGCCUUACUGGCUGAACCAGGCGUUCAGCACGACUCAGGACAGGGUGGAGAGGGCUGUGCAGGUAGACCAGCUCCAGCCCCUGCAGUCCGGUGCCGUGCCUAUCAAACACAGCUCCUCAGCAGUGGACCUGGUGGCAUGUAUCCAACCUAUCUGCCAGCUGUGGGAGCAGCUGUCCUGGCCCGACCCCGAGGAGGCCUUCAUGCUCAUGGUCAAAAUCACUGAGGAUGUGUGUAAGAUUGUGGUGAACUACUGUCACAUCCUGAAAGAGAGGGUCAGGGUGCUGUCUGAGAACUCGGACCACGGCAGCGCCAUCAACAUGUUGUGUGUGGUGGUGAAUGACUUGGAGCACUUGCGGUCGGUGCUGACUCGACUUCCCACACAGCUGAACUGGCCUGGGCUUCGAGAGCGGACUCAAAACGUAAUAGGGGAAAGCCAGUUCCACAACACCCUGCCCUCGCAGCUACAGCAAGCCCAGAGCGUCCUCGGCCGAGAAAUCCGCUCCGCUUUAGACACUCUCGGGAAAAGGUUAAACACAGACAUUGAGACUCAUGUCCGAAGCAUGUCAACCAGGCGGAGGAUUCCCUCCAAGUCCACAGAGGAUGCUGCAGCCCCUCUGAUGCGCUUCCUGGAGCAGGAGCUGCAGUAUAUGAAUGAAAACCUGGUCCAAGAGAACUUCAACAGUCUUCUGACUCCAUUGUGGAAUAACUCAUUGAAGAUCCUCCACCAGGUGGCUACCCAGCAUCCACAGCAGGAAGGGCUCAUGGUGUUCUGCCAGAGGCUGCUCUAUACACUGCAGUGCCUGGAGGAGUGCUUCCACGCUGGGGGAAAUGGGCUCCAUCUGAAUACACUCCACUCUGAUGAGUACAAGGUUCUUAAAUCUCACCUGACUCACAACUCUCUGAGCAGCUGGCAGCUUGUGGAGAAGUUCCUUGAAAAGAAAAUAAGAGAGCAGAAAGAUUACAGUGGAGAGAAAUAUGGUGCAGUCACCCUCCUCACGUCCUACAGGAGAUCAGACCAAAGACUCAGAGUUGAGGUGUUGAAUGCAGUCAACCUCUUACCAAUGGACUCUAAUGGUUUGAGCGAUCCAUUUGUGCAGCUGUGUUUGGAGCCUAACCACGUUUUUCGUGAGGUCGAGCCUCGCUGCACUCAGAUCAAAAGCUGUGAUCUCAAUCCUCUUUUUGACGAGGUCUUUGAAUUUCUGGUGUCCCUGGAUCAGUGCCAGGCUCCAGGGGCUUGCUUGUUGGUGACAGUUCUGGACCACGACACCUUGAGGACAGAUGACUUUGAAGGCGAGGCCUUCAUGGCCCUCAGGGACAUACCAGGAGUUAAGAGCGAGGACGCCACUCCUGCUCAGAAGCGACUGCCUUUGAUGCACCCUAAACCUAACGAGGACAGCAUUCUGAAGUUACUGGAGUCCAGGAGAGGAGAGCGAGAGGCUCAGGCCUACGUGAAGAAGCGGCGACAGAGAGAGAAACAGUCCCAGGAGGUGAUUCAGCCGUAAACAAACACACAGACAAUUUCUUCCUCCAAAAAUAUACAAUUUGUUUUAAUGAUCUGUACCAAAAAACAAAGAAAAAUGCACUCAGAAAGAAACACUGUUGUUGGAUGAGCUGUGUGUGGACAGUAUGCUGAGCACGGGUUUACCAAAGACCAUCACAGUGAUCAUGAACACUUUCACACCUGCAUUUUAAACCUCACACGCCUUUCACAACUGUCUGCUUCCUGAUGCGUUGUCUAAUCAGUGCAAGAGAUAAGUAUGACAUCACUUAACUAUGUGUGUGUGUAUAUAUAUAAUAUAUAUAUUAGACUACAUUUGACACACUGUGAAAUGUCAAAGAUUACUACAAAUGUAAAAAUUUUGGCAGAGAAACCUGUCGCACGCUGAUUUUUAAACAUAGAAAAUGGGCCGGUUUUAACAAAAAAAAGUUUAUGUUUGAGUUAACAUGAAAAGCGUUUAAAUAAAAAAUUAAAAAUAUGUAAUUUCAAAGACUACACAAGUUGACUGAGUACAUUUUGCGUUGAUUGUGUUAACAUGCUUUCCUCUUCCAGUUUAUGUAGAAGAAUAUUAGAAAACCUGAGUGUUUUAACAGAGGCCAUCUGUUGUCAAUUUAAACAAAUAGAACUACAUUUUUUAAAUAUUAUCUGUUAUUAUUCAACAGUAAUUGACCAUGAAAAAAUCUAAAUUAAACAAGAAAUUCAAUAUAACCUAGACAAGCGCUACCAGCAGACUGGUGUAUCGGCCCCCUUUUGGCUGUAGACAGGAUCAUUGGAUGAUGCUAAAUAUGCCCUUUAAGUGUUUUCAGUCAGACCUGUUGAUUCUAGCACAGCUCGUAACCCUGCUAACUGCUAACUGCUGUGUCAUCCAUCCAUCUUGAAGGUUUUGAGAUAUUUGCUGUCACACAACAGUACAUUUACCUCUUUCCAGAAAUUCCAACACGGUUAGUCAUGGUAACCUGAAUUAGAUGUAGGCACACAGCAGAGUGAACCGGAGUGACACCACCUGGCCUCCAAGCAUUACUUAAGUAUAUCUCAGCUAAGGUAGUUUUACAUUCACAUAUGUGCUGUCACAAAGCUUAGGAAACUCAUCCAUGAGGACCGGUUUACUAACGCAGCGUGUCCGGCUAGUAGACUUACUCUAGUAGAAAAUAGUUGUCAGUUAAAGCACUCAUGAGAAAUGCUCCUAACGUUUGUGGUUCUUGAUGAUUCUUGUGGUUAAAGGAAUGGUUUAGAUUAGAUACAGAAGUGCAGCUGUAUGGGGUAUUUAUCCAUAGUUAGUGUAUUAAAUACAGUAGAAGUCAGUCAUCACACCACACAUCACAUCACCACUUUGGAGAAGCCGAAUGAAGUCCGACACAGAAACUAAAUGUACAGCUGUGGAUGGAUCACCUCAAAACGCAUUUUAGCCUCCUAAAAUAGCCCAAAAAUCAGUAUCAGUUGAAGUGUGCACUAUAUUGAGAGUAUUUUCAGUUUUACCUUUACGUUGGACAACUUGUUGGGUAUGAGAAAGCCAUUAACAGAUUCAGUUUCACAUCUAUGCUCUCAUUAAAAUUGAAGUCAUGAGGGUCCACAUCUAACAACCGCAAAACUACAUCAAAACGUCCGUUUACAAACUCCACACAACUCUUACAGUAUAAUCCAAGUCUCAUUUAUGUGAUCAAUGGAAAAUUGCCAAAAUUAAAUUGAAAAAGAAAUUUGUCUAUGUUCUCUUCAAAGCCAGACUCCAGGGUCAUUUUAGCCUGCUGAACACAGGAGACGCUGGUCUACCGCUGCUUCUGUCAGUCAGUUUGAUUGUUAUUGUGUGACUUUGGUGAAUCUGAACUAAC